AAAAAUUUCAAUCGAUCACUUUUGUCUCUGAUGUGUUCUUUACCUUGUGUAUUUGUUGAUUUUAUAAUUUGUCGCGAAAUUACAGUGCUUGAAGAAAUAAUUACUCUUCUAGAUUCUAGAAUCAUUGAAAGUGCUGUGUGAAACGAUAGCCAAGAUAUUAGAAUAAUUGGAUACUACGUUCCUAGAAGUUUGACUGAGAACAGAUUCAAAUCAAGCUACGAAGAUGGGGAGAGGUAAGAAGGAUAAAAGGGAUAGAAGGAGUUCAACUCAUGAAGUCGAGGCUGAGGUCGAAGCGAUGUCGCUCAGUGACGCCCCGUCUACGUCACAAGCGCCACCGCCUGACCCCGAGGAAGAAGGCCUCUCCUCUGCUUCUGUUAAAAGGAAGAAGAAGAAGGAGGAAAGGAAAGCUGCUCUGAUGUCUUUACAGACGUCCAAAAAACCUGAAGAAGCCAAGGUCAUUGAGCCGGAGCCUGUCGCACCGGCACAGCCUGAACCAGUGAAGAUGGAGGUAGAGGAGGAAGCAGGCUUGGGAUUAGGACUAUCUGGCGGGAAGAAAAGGCCGAAGAGGAAGCCUAAAGGUGCAGCCGCAGCUGAGCCGGCUCAUCAAAGCUCUAGCACUACGUCGGCAUCAAUGCCACCGCCUGCCGGACCCGCCAGACAAGCUCCGGCUUCUGCGUGGCCCACUCCUUCACCUACAAGUGCUCCCGCCCAGGCCUGGGGAGGCCCGAAAGGCGACCGUCCCUCUACUGCGAUCUCACAAAGCGCGUCUUCUGCGUCAUCCACUUCCACCACCGCGCAAACUCCACAACCUUCUACGUCGUACACUUCGAUUCCUGAAUCGAAGUUACCACGACAAACCGACACCACUGUGGCGAGGCCCGAAGGGAGAUAUACCAAAUAUGAACCAGUCGCGUGCCGAUUUAAAAUUCCCAAGAGGAUUGAGGGCAAUACUGUGCCCCACAGGAAAGUUCAAAUCUUGUGCAACUAUUUGGCCAUGACAAUAAAGGGUUUGAAAAUUAGUCGUUAUGACGUCUCUUUCAAACCUGAUCGCCCAAAGAAGAUGCUAGGAAAAGUAUUUUUGGUCUCAAAGGCUCAACAUUUUCCUAACAAUGAAGUGGCAUUUGAUCAAAUCAAAAAUUGCUAUGCACUGACUCCAUUAAAAAACGUGACGGCCCAGGACCGUUAUGUAACAAACGUGACAAUGCUUGAUCCUAAUGGGAAAGAAAUGAAAUUCGAAGUGUCCUAUAAGUUCACAGGAAUUGUGGACCUUAACACAAUCAUAAACUACAUGGAAACCGGUGCCACGUCGCUUUCCCCUCCAACCGAAGCCAUCCAGUGCGUUGACGUAAUAUUACGCCAAGGGACUCUGGAAUCCUAUGUCAAGGCUGGCCGUCAAUUCUUUAAGCGGCCAGAAUAUCCUACGAACUUGGGCGACGGUCUUGAGAUUUGGACCGGUCUCUUCCAAUCUGGAAUAUUCACCUCCAGGCCUUUCGUCAACAUAGACGUUGCGCACAAGGGAUUCCCCAAAGAGCAGUGUUUGCUUGAAUCAUACAAAGAAUUCAGGUUGGAUUUAUAUAAACCGUUGGAGGCUCAACGGGGUCGCCAAGUUGAGGCCUUUACUAAUUUCCUAAAAGGACUCCGCGUGUCCGCGGUGAUCAAUCCUGGCGCCGGCAAAAACGUGCAGUCGCAAACGCGCGAGUUCGUUAUCAACGGGCUCGUCGAGCCAGCUAACAAACUGUAUUUCCCAUUGGAUGAGGGGGGAAAAGUUAAGAAAAUGCUGGUCGCCGAAUAUUUCGAACGAGUGAAGCACGUAAGGCUGAGGUAUCCCGACCUGAACUGCGUCUGGGUAGGCCCGAGGGAGAAAACAAUUUACUAUCCGAUGGAGUUGCUGACCGUUGUUUACGGACAGGCCCAGAACAAACAACUGAACGAUUUGCAACUGGCCACAAUGGUCAGGCAAGCGGCCACUCCGCCGGAUGUGCGCAAGAAGAAGAUCCAGGAUGUCAUCACCAGUAUGAACUAUGCGCACAAUCCGUAUUUCCACAAGUUUGGACUGCACAUAUCCGACAAGUUCUAUCCGGUCGACGCCAAAGUCCUGCACCCUCCGAGGCUAGAAGUGGGAGGAGGGAAGUCGGUUGAGCCAAGGCGCGGGGCAUGGAUAGCCGAACGCGUGCUAAAGCCCGAAGCGUUGACUUCUUGGGGCAUCGUUGCGGUGGAGACUGAGCCAGAUAGAUGCGAUUUCGAUAACAUCAUCCGAUUGAUGAUGUCGGUUGGAAGACAGAUGGGUAUGAACGUGUCCCCGCCGGCCAUACGGCGCUUCGACCUUAAAUUGAAGGACCUCCAUAGCGCCUUCUUGGGCGCUACCAAAGACGGGAUCAACUUCAUGUUCGUCAUCGUCUCUUCCAGGGGCCGCGACUACUAUCAUAGGGUCAAACAAUACGCUGAAAGAGAAGUCGGUAUCCUGACCCAAUGCAUCAAGGAGGCCACUAUACAAACGCGUAUGAACCAGCAAACUGCCCGCAAUAUUCUUCUGAAGGUGAAUUCCAAGCUCAUGGGCAUCAACCAAGCGUUGGACAAGACCAGUAUCCCGAAGUGUCUCCGAGACGGCGGCGUUAUGGUUGUUGGUGCUGACGUCACUCACCCGUCGCCCGAACAAAGCAACAUACCGAGCAUUGCCGCUGUCACGGCUUCGAUCGAUCCAAAGUGCUUCAUGUAUAACAUUGAACUCAGUAUUCAAACGCCCAAGAAAGAGAUGAUCGUCGAGUUCCAAGACAUGAUGGUGGAACACCUGAAAGUGUACCGCGCUCACCAGAAAGCUUUGCCCAAGAAGAUCUUUGUCUUCCGCGAUGGUGUUUCUGAGGGACAAUUUGCUCAAGUCAUGAACAGCGAACUACAGGCGGUGCUUGACGCGUACCGAACCAUCGCCGGGCCCAAUGCUAGGCCCGAGGUUCUGUUCUUGCUUGUGCAGAAGCGACAUCACACGAGACUGUUCAUACCGAAUAGCGCCAACAACGUGGAUCCUGGGACCGUGGUGGACAAAGAUAUUGUCCACGCUAGCGAGUUGGACUUUUAUUUGGUGUCUCACCACGCCAUCAAAGGCACGGCUCGCCCGACGCGCUACCACGCCGUGUGCAACGACGGCCGCAUCCCGCACGACGAGGUCGAACAGCUGACGUUCUACCUCUGCCAUCUGUACUCACGAUGCACCCGCUCCGUGUCGUAUCCCACGCCCACUUACUACGCGCAUCUGGCGUGUCUGCGGGCCCGCUCGCUGACCCACGGCGAAAAAUUCGACAACAAGGAAUUGGAACGUCACCCCAAGCGACUCCGUGUUAUGGACAAGAUUCUGCAGUCUAGCCGAAUGUUCUUUGUGUAAUUAGCCAGUUAAAUGUUGUAAACGUAUUUUUACUUAUUCUACAUAAUAAAAAAAAAAA